AAAAAAAUUAUGGAUUGAAAAAAAAAAAGUUAGAGGAAAAGAUUGUUUUUUAAAAUAUUUCAUGUGUUGUUUUCAAAACUCAAUUAUUUAUGGCUUUUGCCAUAUUAAGUAAAACGAAUUUAAAGUGCUUGUGGUAUGUUGUCUUGGACUGUGUUCGUCUUAUAAAUAUUAAUAUAAUAAAUUGAACACAACUUUGCCAGGUAUCAAGAAAUCAAUGCUAGAAAAACCCACACGAACAAUAUUUUCGAUGAAACUGAUUUGCAAUUUUUAAAACGCAAACACCGCCUUAUUUGGUUCAUUUUAGCGUUCAAAAGCGUUUUUAAAAACGCGCGCGCGCGCGCUUACUUACUAAUACACUUUACCCAACGUAUAAUAUAUAUGUGUAAUUACGUAUAUUAAAAGUUUUCGGAAAAUAUUUUGUUGGUUUGUUUGUUUGUUUUGUUUUAUUUUUUUUCUUCAACAAAAUGUCAACCUCGACAAUAUCGUAUAAUCAACAAAAACCGGUACCACCUUUGCCCACAAGCGGUCGUACAACUAAACUACACCAGCAUACUGCUACUGUCACGGCAGCAACAACAGCAUUGAAAACAUCGCCACCAAUCCGUUGUAGUUCUAAUAUAAAUCUAACAGCAACGGAUUCAAGGACAAACUUAGCCGCAGCACAAACGGCAGCAGCACCUACACCCUGUCAUCGUUUAAGUGAAAUGUUUCGACGUUCCAUAGCUGGCACUACAGUACCAGCAGAAACCAUUGAAAAUAUGUAUGAAGAGGUAAGUAAAAUAAAGGCGAAGACGACUCCUUGAUAUAUUACACAAAUCAUUUUCAUAUUUUAUACAAAUAUUUUAUAUCAUUCAUAGUUGAGGUAAAAAUUAUUUAAACAUUUUGCCGAAUAGCUAACGGUCACGCUUGCCAAGUCGACACAAAUCUGAAUACGAUUUGAUUAUACUUGCCCGUAGCCGACUAGUAAGCGUUAGGCAUAACACUUAACGACCCGCUAGGGUGCGGCAACCGUCUUUUUCUUUCCCCACUUGCUAUCGCAACAAUACCAUGCUGCCCUUUUAGGAGACAUGCCCUGAGCGGCUGGCUAUGCCCAAUAUGAAAAAAAAAAAAUUUAUUAGCUCACUAGCAUGUUUAAGUCCGUUAAGUUUAACCACAAUAUCGUUUUUUUACCAAAUAUGAUGAUAUUGAAUAUAAAAUUCGAAUCAAUUAGGUCUUUUAGUUAGACUCAACCAUAUAAAGGGGCUCUCAUGAAUAACAAACACUUGUAAGGCGACAAAGUCGCACUUGUUAGACUUUGCAGAAAUAAUUGCCACUUGGGGACAAUUAUCUUAUACUCUUUGCUACACCGAAAUAUUCAAAAUUAAGGCUUCGACGUUUGCAUUGCCCCAACGUCAAAAAGACUGAGGUAGAAAGUUUAAAUUCUGCGCAUAAAUCCUUCAAAACAUUUCUGGCAGAGUUGGCUCGAAAGUUGGCACAAAAUUAAGAACAUUUACUCGUUGCAAAAAUAUAAUCGAUCGAAAGAAAAUGAACAAAAAGGCGAAAAUUGCAAUCCUAAUCAAAAUGCACA